AUCGGCACCCUCCCGGAGCGGAGCCGGAGGUUUAUCCCCACCACGACCACCUCCUCUUCCGAUGCGGGGAGCCUGAGCGGAGCGGAGAGCUUGCAAUCCCCUCCCAAGCUCGCGGAGAUGGACGCCAAGCUGCUGCUGCUCCCCUUCCCCUCCCCGCCGGCUGCUCCCCGCCACCCGCCGCCCCCCAAGUCCCUCUUCCUCGGCGCCUCCCUCCCGCUCCGCCCGCCCGCGCUGGCGCCGUCGCUGCGCCUCCUCCGGCCCCGCGCCCCGCGGCUGGCGGUGGUGGCGCAGGCCGCCGUGAAGCGCCGCAAGGAGAUCCCGUUCGACAACGUCAUCCAGCGCGACAAGAAGCUCAAGCUGGUGCUCAAGCUCCGCAACAUCCUCGUCUCCCAGCCCGACCGCGUCAUGAGCCUCCGCGACCUCGGCCGCUUCCGCCGCGACCUCGGCCUCACCCGCAAGCGCCGCCUCAUCGCGCUCCUCAAGCGAUUCCCGGGGGUGUUCGAGAUCGUCGAGGAGGGCGUCUACUCGCUCAGAUUCCGCCUCACCCCUGCCGCAGAGCGCCUCUACCUCGACGAGCUCCACCUUAAGAAUGAGUCGGAGGGCCUAGCCGUCACCAAGCUCCGCAAGCUCCUCAUGAUGUCCCAGGAGAAACGCAUCCUCAUCGAGAAGAUCGCUCACCUCAAGCAGGACCUCGGUCUCCCGCCCGAGUUUCGCGACACUAUCUGCCUCAGGUACCCGCAGUACUUCCGCCUUGUUCAGAUGGACCGAGGGCCUGGGCUGGAGCUCACUCAUUGGGACCCUGAACUGGCGGUGUCGGCGGCGGAGGUUGCCGAGGAGGAGAAUCGGGCGAGGGAAGCAGAAGAGAGGAAUCUGAUCAUCGACCGGCCACUCAAGUUUAAUAGGGUCAAGCUGCCUCAUGGGUUGAAAUUGUCACGAGGAGAGUCACGCAGGGUUGCGCGAUUCAGGGAAAUGCCAUACAUUUCACCAUACGCUGACUUCUCGCAUCUGCGGUCCGGGUCAGAUGAGAAGGAGAAGCACGCAUGUGCUGUAGUACAUGAGAUUCUGAGCCUGACACUUGAGAAGCGCACGCUAGUGGAUCAUUUAACACACUUUCGGGAGGAAUUCCGGUUCUCUCAAUCUCUGCGGGGAAUGAUAAUUCGCCAUCCAGACAUGUUUUAUGUGUCACUCAAAGGGGACAGGGACUCGGUCUUCCUCCGUGAGGCAUAUAAGAACUCCCAGUUGAUCGAGAAGAGCAAGCUUGUGCUGCUUAAGGAGAAGAUGAGGGCUCUUGUUGCAGUUCCACGCUUCCCUAGAAGGGGUGUGCCUGAAACUAUUCAGGAGGCUGAUGGAAUCAAUCGAGCUGCGCAAAUGUUGAGUGAAGGAAGCGACACAGAAGAUGAUGAUGAGGGAUUGUCGGAUAUGGAAGACUUGAUUACUGAAAUUUCUGGUGGCAAAUCUGAUGCUGACUACCACUGGGGAGAUGGUUGGGUUGGUGAGAACGAUGACUCGCCACCAGACUUUGAAGAUGAUGAUGAUGACUCAAGUCUGAAAGAAGUCAAGGUGACUAUGAAAACUAGUGCUAGUUCUGCGAAUGGCAAGACACAUGCUCCUGUAUUUCCUGAUGGCAAACCAAGGGAACGAUGGUAAAUUGGUCUAUUUUUGCAUUAUUUGAUAGAGUGCUUAACAUUUUUCGUUAGUUGUUUCAUCA